AUGUCGACUACUACCUUGACAGCGAAGGUCGGAGGCCCACAGCUCACCGCGUCGCAGUUCUGGACUACCAUCGCGUGCGUUCAAAAGCUUAAGUUCGGUCCAAUUACGAUUCCGAAACCGUGCGAAUGGUGUCACAAUCUUCGUGUCAAACAAACGCCCGUCAAGGCUGGGUACCGGCGCAUCGAGUUCCGUACCUUCAUUCGCUCAAAGCAUGACUUUGAGACCGGUUCCGCCGAUGGGUGCCGCUGGUGUACUGCUAUUGUUCAAACUCUUGACCGUCUUAAACUAUCUCCUUUACAUUGUCAGCGAGUUGUUCUCUUCAUGUUCAAGAGAGGAGGUUGUCAGCUGAGCGUGCCCAUGGCACGUGUCACUGUACAAUUCUACACCCCUACUGGAUACCCUCCUGUCUGGGAUGGCAUCACACAGGGCUACGAGAUGAGUACCUCUGGAGAUGUUGAUCAAACGGCUGAAUUCAUUCGCUCCUGCAUCCGGAACUGUGACGAAAACCACCCUUUCUGCAAGCCUCAAUCCCCAACGAUGCCAACAAGAGUCAUACAUGUCGGCAAUGCGGAAGAUAUCCAGGUACGACUGGUUGAAACCGCUGGAAUUCACCCAACUCCCUACACCGCGCUCAGUUACUGUUGGGGCAAGAGUGGGAAUUUUGUGACCACAAAAGGAACUAUCGACGAUCACAAGAGAGUCCUCAAUGUAGAUGACUUUCCACAGACGGUUAGAGACGCUGUGAAAAUCACAAGAGGGCUUGGCUUGAAAUACCUCUGGGUAGAUGCGAUUUGCAUCAUUCAGGACUCCGCUGAAGACUGGGAAAAGGAGGCCUCGAAGAUGGCUUCCGUAUACAGUGACGCAUAUUUCACCAUUUCCGCUGCAACAGCUCACACCUCUACUGAGGGGUUCAUCUCUCAGAAACACGAGGUGGCCCUUCAACAACAGCCAUUACGUAUGAAUUGGCGCACCGAUCGAGGCAAGCUGUCCAUACUUGCAGCUCGAGUCAUUCCAGAGGCAGAUGAUCAUGUGAAAACCAUUACUGGAGAUCGCAAGCCGAAGCUUCCGCUCAUGACGAGAGGUUGGACUUUGCAGGAGGAACUUCUCUCACGCAGGACUGUGACAUACACAGAACAUGAGUUGUGGUGGACCUGCCAAACUGAGAGAGACUGCGAAUGCCACACCUUCAAAGAAGUUUCUACAAACACCCAGACGACUUUAUUUUCCCCCAAAGAUAUGACGAGUCCGCAUGUUGCGUUUGGACAGUGGCGUGAUAUUGCAUCAGCUGGUGGCCAGGUCGACUUUUUCAAAGGACCGUAUGUUGAACCAGGUUCAAAGGCAAACCAAUGGGUCUCCAAGGCUGUCGCUGUUGAUGCCAGCACUACUACCAGCAACAAUAACCCGCUAGGAAAUGUGACGGCCGGUUACAUUACUUUGCGUGGUCGGAUCUUUCAAGCGACCCUCGAAGUAGUUGCCACACGCCGUGGCAGGUUUAGGUCGUAUGGAAUCAAGAAUAACGGAGACUCGGUCGAGUUCCAUCCCGAUGCACGUCUGGAGAGGUUCCAGUUGGGCUUGAACGAUACCAUGAAGGGGGAAGAUGCCGCGGUUCGUCGCUCGCCAGCUCGCUCCGAGGUUAAGCCGGCUGGCACAGAGUCGCCAGUCAUGUUGCUCCAUCUUGGAGACUGGGCUGUCGCUGAGGAAAAGCUCGUAGACAUGACCUAUCUUGUUUUAGGAAGAUCUCCAGCGGAUACAAGUAAGUAUGAGAGGCUGGGUCUUGCGUAUCAAGAAGUACAGCUUGGUUGUGAGGAAGAUGCCGUCAGGGAUGCAUGGGAGGGUGAUGUCACUGUCUUGUGA